AUGCACAAGAAGUGUGGGGUCUUGUUGCUCUUCGUUGCCUUCCUCGCGAAUUUUGGUGUCACUUUAGCGCUUGACCAAGCGAGCAGAGGUGUUUCAAGACUGAGAUCACUCACGGCCGAUACCGAAACUAACGACGACGAAGAAAGAGCUGGCAAUCCCGUGCUACGCGUCCGGCUGUGGCUACAGUCGCUAACCGACCCGAGAGAUGUGUUCAAGGCUCUGUGUCUUGGCGAGGCUAGCAUGGCAAGGCUCAACGACAACCCGAAAUUCAUACAGUGGCUCGACUAUGUGGAACUGUACAGAAGCAAGUGGGGGAAGCGCUGGUUCACGGACCUCGAAGUGUUUAACUUCUUGAGGCAGACGACGCCGGGAGCAGAGCUGGCGGCGGUUCUUCAGUCGAUUAGACUGGUUCCAGGAAUGAAGAAAUCAGCAGAGAAGAUGCAGAAAUUCUUGAUAAGAGCUUCACCACCAGCUAUACACAGCUGGCUGGACGCGGUGUGGCUGGGUGCCGGAGAAACCCCGCAGAGUGUUUUCAAUAUCCUACGGCUCGGGAAAACGCCACUGGCAGAUAGGCACCAGUUUCUCCAGUGGCUCCGCUUCACCGAGAAGUACAAAGCUAAGAUGGGUGCAAGUUCGUAUUCCGACCGCCAAACGCUGAAUUUCCUGCUGAAGGGAAGGCUCACACCGGACGUAAACUUGGCGGGGUUUUUCCAAACGGGAAGGAGACGCUGGCGAAAGUGA